AUGUCCACAGCGGCGGCCGUGGCAACGGCCGAGGCCCAGGAACCCGGCUGCAGGAAGAAGUCCAGCAGUCCCCGUCAAAUCCCGGUGGUUGGGGUGGUGACGGAGGACGAGGAGGCGCAGGGUGUUUUCAAGCCUAUGGACCUUAAUCAUGUCAUCAAACUCCUUGAAGAGACUGAUAAGGAUGAUUUAGAAGAAAAACAGCUUAAAUGUGUUAAGAAACUGGUGCAGUGUUAUCAGAAUGGACUUUCCUUAAGGGAUUUAGCACAGAUAUUUAAAAUUCUGAAUCUGUGUGCAGGAAAGAUUGAAAAACAGCCCCGUUUCGUGGAAUCUGCAUGUGAUAUCCUAAAAUUGUGUGGCUUGCCAUUUUUGAAAAAGAAAGUAUCGGAUGAAAUAACUUAUGCUGAAGAUACUGCUAAUUCAGUUGCACUUCUGGGUGACUUAAUGAAAAUACCAAGUUCUCAAUUGAGGAUACAAAUUUGUAAGUGUAUUGUUGACUUUUAUCAUGCAGAACCACCAAAGAAGCAUAUUCCAGGUUACCAGCAAGCUAGUUCAUCAUACAAGAUUCAAAUGGCUGAAGCUGGAGGAUUAGCAAAAACAAUGGUCCAGGCAAUGACUUUGCUUGAAAAUCAACUUAUUGAGAAACUUUGGGUACUGAAAGUUCUGCAACAUCUCUCAACUUCUGAAGUUAAUUGUACUUUAAUGAUGAAAGCACAAGCAGCCAGUGGAAUUUGUGCUCACCUCAAUGAUCCAGAUCCCUCUGGACAGCUUCUAUUUCGUUCUUCAGAAAUACUUUGGAACUUAUUGGAAAAAUCUUCAAAAGAAGAAAUAAUACAACAGCUUAGUAACUUUGAAUGUUUGCUGGCUUUGAAGGAAGUAUUUAAAAAUCUGUUUAUGAGAGGUUUUAGUCAUUAUGAUCGUCAGCUUAGAAAUGAUAUAUUAGUAAUCACUACAAUUAUUGCUCAAAAUCCUGGAGCACCAAUGAUUGAAUGUGGCUUUACUAAGGAUUUGAUACUGUUUGCAACCUUUAAUGAAGUUAAAAGUCAAAAUCCUUUGGUAAAAGGACUUAAGCUUUCUAAUUCCUAUGAAGAUUUUGAGUUGAAGAAAUUGCUAUUCAAUAUAAUUGUGAUCUUAUGUAAAGAUUUACCUACUAUACAGCUAUUAAUUGAAGGCAAAGUUGUUUUGGCUUUGUUUACCUAUGUUAAAAAGCCUGAAAAACACAAAAUAAUCGAAUGGUCUGCAGCACAGCAUGAAGAACUACAGCUGCAUGCAAUUGCCACUUUGUCAUCAGUGGCUCCUUUAUUAAUAGAAGAAUAUAUGCUAUGCCAAGGAAACGCUCGAGUUCUUGCAUUUCUGGACUGGUGUGAGAGUGAAGAUCCUUUCUUUAGUCAUGGUAACAGUUUUCAUGGUACAGGUGGCCGUGGCAACAAGUUCGCCCAGAUGCGUUACAGUUUAAGACUUCUGAGAGCCAUGGUCUACCUCGAAGAUGAGACUAUAAACACAGAUCUUUGUGAAAAGGGAGCAAUUCAGCAAAUGAUAGGAAUCUUUAAAAAUAUAAUAAGCAAGCCUAAUGAAAAAGAAGAGGCCAUUGCUUUGGAAAUCCAGUCUGAUAUAUUGCUUAUUUUAUCUGGUCUUUGUGAACAUCAUAUUCAAAGGAAGGAACCAAAACUGAGCAAGACAAUGAGUUGGUGCUGUAUUUUGGGAUGUUAUCCCUCAGAGGAUUACUUCCUUGAAAAGGAAGGAAUUUUUCUCCUUUUGGAUUUAUUGGCAUUGAACCAAAAAAAAUUUUGUAAUCUUAUACUCGGAAUAAUGGUUGAAUUUUGUGAUAAUCCCAAAACUGCGGCUCAUGUCAAUGCUUGGCGAGGGAAGAAGGAUCAGACAGCUGCUAGUCUUUUAAUUAAACUGUGGAGAAAGGAAGAAAAAGAACUAGGAGUAAAACGUGAUAAAAAUGGAAAGAUCAUUGAUACAAAAAGACCUCUAUUUACUAGUUUUCAAGAAGAGCAAAAAAUUAUGCCACUGCCUGCUAACUGCCCAUCUAUUGCAGUUAUGGAUGUUGCUGAGAAUAUCAGAGCAAAAAUUUAUGCUGUGUUGGACAAACUAGAUUUUGAAAAUUUACCUGGCCUAUCUACUGAAGAUUUUGUCACCCUCUGUAUUAUACAUAGAUACCUCGAUUUUAAAAUUGGAGAAAUAUGGAAUGAAAUAUAUGAAGAAAUAAAAUUGGAAAAGUUAAGACCAGUCUCUACAGAUACAAAAAUCUUAGAAGCUAUUACAACAGCAUCAGAAAAUAUUGGAAAGAUGGUUGCUUCUCUGCAAAGUGAGAUGAUUGAAAGCCAAGCACGCCAAGAUGUACAAAAUGAACAAAAAGUAUAUGCAAAAAUACAAGCUACACGCAAGCAAAGAGAACUGGCUAAUAAAUCAUGGGAAAAUUUUGUGGCUAGAACAUCAAAUGCUAAAACAUUAAAGAAAGCAAAAAGGCUUCAGGAAAAAGCUAUAGAAUCCUCUAGAUGUAGUAAACGACCACAAAAUGCAAUAUUGCACCAGACAGAUAUUAAAGGCCUUAACACAACGGUACCCUCUGGUCCGGUAGUCACAGUGGAAAGCACUCCUGCCCGAUUAGUAGGAGGACCUCUGGCUGAUACUGAUAUUGCUCUUAAAAAACUGCCCAUUCGAGGAGGAGCCUUGCAGAAGGUGAAAGCAGUUAAAACUGUGGAUGAACCAAACAAGAGUAUUCCUACAUAA